AUGUCCCCACUAACGCAACUCUCACAGUAUAAAGAGCAGACCUCAACCUGUAUGCAUUGCCUAGAUCGCAACAUGCUCAGCCAGUAUCCGCCUCGUCCCCGAUUAACCCGGCUAGAUAGCAAGCAUGGGUCUUUCAUCUCCUCAACUAGCACUUCGAUAUCAUCCCCAACUACCAUGACAGAGUCCUCCUCCUCACAGUCAAAUUCCAAAUCCCAAGACGAGCAUCCAACAUCCCUCUCAACCGACAUCGAAGAAACCCUUGACCUCAAAGACCUCGAAUUGAUGAUGCACUGGUGCACAACAACCUACAAAUCCAUGACCGGGGACCCCACCUCCGAACAAAUAUGGCAAACAACCAUCCCCAAGCUCUCCCUCCGUUACCCAGCCCUUCGUCAAGGUAUCUUAGCACUCUCAGCGCUGCACCUCGCCUCAACAAGCACAUCGUCCCGACGCUGGCGAUAUCUUGAAACGGCACGCUCGCACCAAGCACAAGCGCUAACAGGCCUCCACAUCGAGAGUGACGAAAAGGCACCGGAAGCAGAAAGUCAAGCGACAUUUGCGCUGUGUUGUAUAAUGAUCGUAUUCACCUUCGGCUUCUGCCAGAUCGACAGCGAAAAUGACUCAAACGAAGAACAGCUCGAUGUGCUGGACGAGUUCUUCGAGGUAUUCCAGCUAACCCGGUGGCUAGUCAGCAUCCUGGUAGCCUCGAUGGAGCGUAUUACAUCGAGCGAGCUGAACGCGCUCUUCCACCCCGAAGACCUGCCCCCAACCAUGCCGGACAUGUCGCGGCUGGUGGUUCUCUCGCUACAGCGACAGAAUGAGCUGGAGGCUAUUCGGGAUGCGACGCACGAGACGGAUGUGUAUGACUCGACCAUUGAGCAUCUCAGCCACGCGCUCGAGCAACUGAUGAAGGGCGGCGAGCCGAAGGUAUUUGCGUUUUGCUGGAGUUGGCGUAUCCCUGAGGAGUUUUUGGAGCUGCUUCAGGCGCGUCGACCGUUUGCGCUUGUUAUUCUAGCGCAUUAUUCGGUGAUUCUGCAUCAUCUUCGAGGUUCGUGGUGGAUGGGCGAUUGGGGGAAUAGGAUUUUAUCGGAGAUCGGGGAUCUUCUGGACCCGGAGUGGCGAGAGUUUAUUAGCUGGCCGAUUGAUGCGACAGGUUGUUUCCUUCUGAGGACUGAGGUGCGAGUGCGAGUGUUACCCCCGAUUGGCUUUUGA